AUGGAUUCAGCAUACGAGUACGAUGAAGUGGAGCAAAAUGAAAUGCGCUCUGCCAAACCUUGGCAGAAAGAUCCGCACUAUUUUAAAGAGGUCCGUAUUUCCGCAGUCGCGCUUUUGAAAAUGGUUAUUCAUUCUAAAAGAGGUGGCAACCUCGAAGUGAUGGGUCUAAUGCAAGGUCGAGUUGAUGGAAAUGCAUUCAUUAUUAUGGAUACAUUUGCUCUCCCGGUGGAAGGGACAGAAACGAGGGUAAAUGCACAAGCACAGGCGUAUGAAUAUAUGUCAGUUUAUACAGACCUUUGCGAAGCUGAAGGGAAGAAGGAAAAGGUUGUUGGCUGGUAUCAUUCACAUCCUGGUUAUGGAUGUUGGUUGUCGGGAAUUGACGUGGCUACUCAAGGUCUCAAUCAGCAAUUCCAAGAGCCAUGGAUCGCCAUAGUCGUUGAUCCUCUGCGGACCAUGAGUGCUGGAAAGGUCGACAUAGGCGCUUUUCGAACCUACCCUCAAGGAUAUCAACCACCCGUAGAGGAAGGUCCAUCCGAAUACCAAUCUAUUCCGCUAAACAAAAUCGAGGACUUUGGUGUUCAUUGCAAACAAUAUUAUUCAUUGGACGUUACCUUUUUCAAAUCAGAAUUAGAUUCACAUAUUUUAUCAGCUUUAUGGAAUACUUAUUGGCUGAACACUUUGAGUAGCUCUCCCCUCUUGACGAAUGCUGGAUAUAUUAAUAACCAAAUUGGCGAUCUAAGCAUGAAAUUGAGACAGGUAGACCAUUUUUUGUACCUUGUUCUGUAG